AUGACCUCCUCUACAACAUCCUUUCUUCCUCGUGACUCUAUGGAGAUGAAGAAUACGAUUCAAGUGACUGUAAAUGAACCAAUUAAACAAGGAGAAGGAAUGAAUGCUUACAUUUCGUAUAAGAUUAGUACGAUUACAAAUCGUGCUCAAUUUUCAAAAAGCUCAUUUUCGGUCAUUCGACGAUAUCGUGAUUUUAUAUGGAUUCAUGGACAUUUAAGUGCCAUGUAUCUUGGUGUUGUGGUACCUCCUUUACCUGAGAAAUUAUUGGUUGGACGAUUUUCACCGGAAUUUAUUGAAACUCGACGUCGAGCAUUGCAAUUAUUUUUACAUCGAUGUUGUUUACACCCGGAAUUACAACAUAGUGAACAUUUAACGACGUUCUUAGAAGCAAGUGAAGAACAAUUGCAAGCUUUUCGAAAAGAUCCACGACAUGCACUACCUCAUGCACAACGUGGAAUGUUAUUUCAAUGGAUAGAUGAUACCGUGAAUACGAUUUCGUCGACCUUGAUUACGCCAACAAUGCAGUUACCCAAGACACCAGCAGAUGUGGAAGUGGAUGAAAUGAUGGUAUACAUUGAAGGGCUUGAACCUAUUAUGACGGGAUUACAUAAACAUGCUCAUGGAUUGACAAAACGAGCAAGAGAGAUUGCCGAUGGACUGUUUGAAUUUGGUGUCUCGUUUACGUUAUUGGGCAAGUCGGAGGAAAACCCGUCGUUGCAGGAAGGAUUGAGUCAUAUUGGUCAUUGUUCCGACCAGCUUUCGAUUUUGGCGGCUGAACAUGCUGAGCGUGAGGCACUGCACUUUGAGGAGCCAAUUUUUGACUAUAUUCGGCUAGUUGGGGCAGUGAAGGCUGCGCUGCAGAAACGGAACGAAGUGAGAUGUACUUAUGGCGCUGCAGUUGCUGAUGUUGAAGCAAAGGAAGCUGUGUUGGAAAAGCUGCUGAAGCAUGGUCGAGGACGUGCUACAGAGGAGAAGAUUGUGUUGGCAGAGAGUGAAGUACGGGCAGCACAGCAGAACAUGGAAGAUGCUAAACUCGAGGACGAUAUUGUCACGGAACGUGUUUUGCGCGAGGUGGAACGUUUCAAACGUGAGAAGCUGACAGAUUUUAAGCACAUUAUUUUGGAUUACAUUCAGAUGCAGAUCGAGUACAGCAAAAAAGUAGAGAACGAAUGGCAAAAGGUUAUUCCAAAGCUCGCGAUGAUUCGUGUGGAGACUGGUAGGUCAUCAUCGACCUCGACGAGUCCAGUAUCUGAAGUGACGACAAAUGACACUUUUCAGGAACAGGAGGAGACAGCUACUACAACUCUUGGUUCGAUGAUACAGGAAGAUUACAUUCCGUCGAAUGGAGAUUUGACAGAUAGCCUUUCGGAUCUGACACUUAUGGCAAACGACGACAUCGACGAGGAUCCUUUCCAGCGGUCACCGUACGGUUCCCGAGCCAUGGAGGACUCGAAUCCGGACGUGUUACCUUAA